AAUGAUUGGAGAAUGUCGGUGGGUGUUGCAGUGUUUUCCUUAUCGCCAUUGGACUUCCUGUCCGCCGCUCAAAGCUGCUGCUGCUGCGUCUCCAGACACUUCCUGCACCGAGCUACCGUUUCCAGAGCAAGCGACUACUUGUCGUGAGUGGGGGAGAGACAAUAUGAGGAACAAAGAUCUUAGGGAGGGAACGUGAGUCUUGACUCAAGGACACUACCAUGACAUAAACUAAGGGCCGACCUGGAACUGUCUCCUUGUUUGUCUUUUGUUUUGUUUCUGUUUUUUUAUUUUUUUUCGUUGUCAAGUCUCCACCUGUCUUACCUAGUGUUCACCAUCUUCUUGUGGAGAACAGAAAAUGAAGUAGUAUGCAGGAGUAUUUGUUUGGCUGAAACUUUAAUGUAUUGCACUACUGUCUAGAGGAGUGGUGUAGUAACUCCUUUUAUCUGCCUCCUUUAUCACUGAGAUUAAAGAUAGCAAUUCAGGUAUCAAAGGUCUUGAAAAAGCGUGCACUUAUUAUUAUAUCUUUGUGGCAUUAAUUACAUUUCGUCCAACAAAAAUCAUUACUUGUGCGUUCAUUUAAUUUAAUUGUUGCAGCCUCCUUGUGUGUCUGUUUGACUUAUUCAUACUUAAUAGAUCACUUUAAUGGUUUGUCUAUUUGUAUAAUUUUUUUAAGCUGUAUUGUUAAUAUUGAGGAGCUGCUAUGCUAUUGUUAUCGCAAUAGGGAGGUUUUGGGAUGUAAUGUAAUCUUUCUUUUUACUGAUGCAAUCUUAUGAAGAACACGUUUGUUUAAAUGACUGAUCUCGUCGUGGAAAAUAUACAUUUUAAAGUCCUGCUGUCUUUGAAUAUGUUAAAGUGUUGCUCAUUCAUUCUUCCACUGGCAGUAAACUGUAGAAGCUGACGAGUCUUCAGAUCAAACUUUGAUGGGAGCUUUCUAACUGUGACACAAAGAUAAAUCUUUUGCAGUUCCUCUCUUCACUGGAUACAUACCAGAGAAACCUUUCAACUGGAAACAGUGUUUCAUUUCUUUUCAAAUGAACACAUACUUCUUAAAUGGACAGACGGACUCAUUUGAAUCCUAACACUGAAGAGGGAGAAUGAUUUUUAGGAGAUCUUGGGGGAAAAAGCUCUGACGGACAUUCAAAUUUUGAAGAGCUGCCAGAUUUCUCUCCAAGUUUCUAAACUGUAGAAAAUACGUCCCUCAAGCUUGGUAGACCAACUUCGUCCUGUCAAGCCUCGUCCACUUGAGCAGUGAGGAUGCGAUCUCCAGAACCGUCUUCACCUUCCACAGCAGAAGCCCUCCUUCAUGGCCAAUUUGCCAGCUGGGGUUCAGGCAGCAACAGCAACAAUAACAGCUGCCCCAACAGCCCUGGUGGUCCGGGGGGACUCUCCCCUGCUGCCUCCCCUACUCCGGCCUCCAACUAUGCCUUGACCCUCACUCACACCCACAUACAUAUCCAGCGGCUGUCACCAAAGCCGGGGAAGGAAGCCCGUCUCUUGCUGCCUUUAUCAGAGCUAGUGGGGUGCAGCUGCCCCCGUGCCCCCGCGCCCCCUCUUCUGGUGCUGUACUGGUACCCGCCAGGCAAGCGACGGAAAGGUGUGUCUCGGCGCAGGCAAGUGAGGGCCUACCUGGCAGAAAGCAGGUGUGAAGCUGAGAGGUGGUCGGCUGCUGUGCAGUGUCUACUCCGAGGUGUGACCGUCACUGCUGACACAGAAUUUUCUCGAAGUCUGCUACCUCGUCCCAGGCGACUACUGUUAUUGGUCAAUCCCUUCAGUGGGAGAGGCCAGGCAAUGCAGUGGUGUCAGACACACAUCCUGCCAAUGAUCAGAGAGGCCAACAUCAGCUACAACCUUAUACAGACAGAGCGUCAGAACCAUGCCAGAGAGCUUAUCAGAGAGAUAUCGCUCCCGGAGUGGGAUGGCAUCAUCAUUGUCUCUGGAGAUGGCCUGCUGCACGAGGUAAUUAAUGGGCUGAUGGAGCGUCCUGACUGGGAACAAGCAAUAAAAACACCCGUCGGUAUUCUUCCUUGUGGCUCUGGAAAUGCAUUGGCUGGCUCCAUCAACCACCAUGCAGGGUAUGACAUGUGCCUUCGGGAGCCCCUCCUUUUGAACUGCUGCUUUUUGCUCUGCCGCGGCGGUGUCCGACCCAUGGACGUGGUUUCUGUGACAACAAGCCCUCCUCCCUCCAUCAACAGCCGUGCUGCAUCACCCAGGAGACUGUUUUCUUUCCUCUCUGUUGCCUGGGGCUUUGUGUCCGAUGUGGACAUUGAGAGUGAGAGGUAUCGUGGCCUGGGCUCAGCUCGCUUCACUCUGGGCACCCUGGUGCGCAUAGCUUCUCUUCGAUCCUACAAGGGUCGCCUGUCCUACCUGCCUCCCUCUAUUAGCACCCCAUCACCAGAUGCCACACCUCCUCUGCCAAGGAGACCCCUCUCCCGCAGUAUCACAGAAGGCCUGGAGGGCUUUUGUCGAACGCCCAUUCAUCGCACCUGCUCUGACAUGGGCAUCAGUGAACAGAGGAGCCUGCGUAAGGGUGAGGGAGAGAGGGAAAAAGAGGAGAGGCAGAGAGAAAGGGAGAGAAGAAGGGAGAGGGCUAGGGGAGGAGGAACUGGUGUAGUGAGGGCAAGCAGCCUGGCAGAGGACAGGGAGAGGGAGAUGGAAGCGGAAGAGAAGAGGUCAGGGACAUGUUCGGAGAGCUCAGAAUCAAUUGAAAGGGAAGACUGCAAUAUGGGAAGGGUAGAAAGGUUGGCCGGGAUCAAGGAUGAAAGGGAAGAUGAGGGAGGGGUAGAGCAAGACUCCAGUGAGAUGGAGGAGGAGGAUAGGAAAAAGGAUGGAGAAGGCCGUGGUGGUUCUGCAGAGGGGGAGAGAGUGUUGCAUGCAAGAGAGCUGGAAGAAAGUGGCGGGGUAGACAUGGGGCGAGAGGCAGAUGAAGAGCAAGCGGGUUGUCCCACUUGCCAAGAUAGCCUCCAGGAGGCUAGACCGGCUCUAAGAAAGAAUUCAGCACCUUCAAGCCAGAUAGCCAACACUCUCUUCAACCAGCCCAUAAGUCAGGAGGCUGAUUCUGGCACUUCAUAUGGGGUGGAGGACAUGGAUCUGAAUGGGACCUACUACCAGAAGGAACCCUACCAACUGGAUGUUGCUCGUGAGCGAUCUCUCACCAUCUCCUCUCCUUUUCGUCACACUCCCUUCUCCUACAAGCCCAAGACCCUGGACCAAAACCAGAAUGGUUCUCGUCCGAGACCCCUCUCUCUCCUCCAGCACUCCCACUCAAACUCCCUCCCCCCUAAACUCCCAUCCCUCUCCCUGUCUCUUUCUCCAACACCCCCGUCUUCCCCUUCAUGUGCCUCCCCACACUCUUCAUCCUACCUCGUCCCCCGUCCUAAUACCCCAAAUUCCACCUCACCCUCACCAUCUCUACGCACACCGUCCUCAUCUUUUAACUUUGACAUUGCUGAGCCAGCAGGACCACUGAAGAGCCGUCCUUUUCUCUCACUUUUGAAUAUCCCUCGGGAUGACUUGUUACCCCCCCUCGACCAACCCAUUCCCACCAGAGAUUGGGUCACCAUUGAAGGGGACUUUGUCCUGGUACUGGCCCUUUAUCAGACCCACCUUGGGGCUGAUCUUCAUGCUGCGCCCCAGGCCAGGUUCGACGAUGGGCUGAUCCACCUGACCUUUGUGCGGGCGGGGAUCUCCCGAGCGACUCUUCUGAGACUGUUUUUUGCCAUGGAAAGAGGAAACCACCACUCCGUCAGCUCGCCGUACGUGAGCCAUAUUACCUGCAAGGCCUUCAGGCUGCAGCCUCUGUCUACACGAGGGACACUCACUGUGGAUGGAGAACUGGUGCCCUAUGGGCCUCUUCAAGCACAGGUUCAUGCUUCCUUGGCUCGUCUCAUCGUUGGUGACUCUGGAGUGAAGAUUACCCGGUUCUAAUCAGGGAUUGGUUGAGUUGAUUGACAGAUACAGCACUCUACUAAAUUAUGUAAUCUCUGUUGUCAUCUAUACUCCGAAAGAGAGGGCGGGGUUUCUGAGAGACUUAAAAUAGCCGGGAAUGUAGAAACUGCUUUUCUGGGGUUUAAUGAAAGGGAUAACCCGCCGAGCCAUGCAUCAUUGGAGCAUGACUGCAGGGAUUAAUAGCGAAUUUGAAAAUGGAUGAAAAAUGCGCCUCAUUGCACAGCUGUUGGAUUACGCAGAGCGUACCCUGAGAAGCAUGAAAACUGCACAGCCUGGGAUAGUUAGAGGGAAGAACAAUCGAAUGUGUAUGGAAUUUAUUUGUGCAGCUAGUGCAUGUGUUGGAUGUAUACAUGGUAGUAUGCAUGCAGAGAAGCACUACCUGGAUUCUGCCUUUUAAUAAGAUGGAAAUAAAUCAGAUUCAAUUAAGAGCAAUAUGUUCUUAAACAUGAAAUGCUCUAAAACUACAUUGAGAUUCACUCGAACCAACACCUCAUGAAAAUUGGCCCCAACCCUUUAUCUUCAACCCCACCGCAAUGUCUAAAUGUUUGAGUAUAAAAACGUCCGUCCAUGAAAGGAAUGCCUUAUCUGACACUGGACACUACCGCUUUACCUUUGCCCUUACUUGCUCUUACAUAUUUAAGAAAAUCAAAUAUUCCUAUGCUGCGUUACACUACGAGCGGCAGAAGCAACAAAACAACCAACUACAUUGUUGGUGAGUGAACAUUGAAGUUGCUCAAGCGCUCAUUGACAAAGUUAUGUCAUUAAAUAGCACUUGGAAGAGUGAAACGAAAACAGGCGAUUGCUGAUGCUUUGUUGCGUCAUUCUGGAAGAAGUAGCACGUCCCUGUGUCGCUCGUGGCGUGAACGAAACACGAGUCUCCGUCUACCGAUCAUACUGUCUGUCCACUACAUCAAAGCAACGCUACACUUACUUCCCUAAUAAGUAGGUGGGUCUGCCAGUUGUCUGUUAUCUUUGAGCACGCUGCUUUCCACUGUUUUUAGCAUCAGCGGAGAAAAUGUGGACAAAUGUACAUGUCAAUGACCAUUUAGUUCAUACUCCAUGUAGAACAGCUAGAUUAAGCUUUUCAGGGUCAUUACAUUAGUAGGAGCAAUGGAACCGUUGAACGGUGACUUUUACUGACAGUUCUACAUAAUCUGCCUGUUUUUCAUAGCCAGUGGAUACACAACGAUGUCAGACUGCAACAUAUUGAACAUAAAAAUAUCUGAACAAAGCAAGCUCCUUUAUGUUCACAUCGAAGUCUAGAACAUGUCACUAUCUCUGAGUAAUCGACUAUGGAAGCGUAGAGGGCUCCACAUGCCUCUGUUAAGUAGUAAGUAGUGUACAAUAACUGGAGUUGAGGCAGCACAGAAAAUCACAUCACUAGAAUGCUUUGUAACUUUUACAGAGUAACAAAGAAUCUGAUACAAUGCUUGUUCUAGAAAUGGUUGCACUAGUAUGAAUAGCCUAGUCCAGAUUCUAUAAUAAAUGGGUCACAUUACAUUCUUAGCCUUCAAUGAAUUAAAUGCCUGAACACUCAAAGCAUUUUAAAAGGUAGGACUGACUGAUUACAAAAUAAUAUUCAAACUUUAAAAUCCUUCCGUAGGGACAACACCAAAUCCAGCAGCUCUGUGUGGUCACGUCGGACUUUUGAUCAAUAGAUCGAUCAUAUGGUAAAAUAGCUUUCACUGUGAGACAUUAUCCAGCAGCAGAACUGGUCUGUUGAACAAGUGAUACAAUUUAAAUUUAAAAUAUCUUAAGAAUUUUUUUUCCCGAAUGAUGAUGUGCUCCUUAGUAAAAUCAAACAGCAGAUCUUGGAGCCCUCACUAGGAAUUGUCAUUUUUUUUGAAUAAGUUUUAGAAAUGUUAUAAUAAAACCUGAGGAUAUAUUUGGUCUGGACAAAGGAUAAAUCAUGAUCAUGUGCAGCAUAUCAUUCAGUAAGCCGACUGCUUUGAGUCACCAUCCACAUACUGUAUGUCUUAGUUCUGCCUGGACAAAUCAAUGCCUUUGUAUAAUAAGCCUGUAAAUUGGCUGUUGAUGAACUGUUAAAACCUGACUGCAGAAAAUGGAGUAAAACGUUUUGCUCACCAGGCCUUUAUGUUGCUUCUUUUAUUUUGUUCCAUUGAGCAAACAAUGCAGCUAGUCUACCACAACGAAACCGUGCUUACACAGCUACAGAAUGUGAAAACAACAUCUUGAGUCGAAGUUACGUAACAGUACCAAAUAGCAGGAUCUAUAUACACUUUAAAAUGGAGUUGUUUUGCCAAAAUGUUUAAUCGCAAUAUUGAAGAGACUUGUUUUCCUUCCUAAACAUUUUGUCGCUGAUGGCUGUAGCUUGGACUAUGGUGUUCUAGACCAAUUUGAUCUGACAAUGUCGGGGUAUAACCCCUCAAAUGAUCAUGCCAUUAAGUUGUCUGUAGUGGGCGCCUGUAAUGAAAUUGUAAUUAUUACUAAAAUCAUAUGAAUAUAUGAAAUAUUUAAAUACACAAUGUACAGUUAAUAGUUAUAUGGUUUUGAAUAAAUGUAACUUGAUAAGUUUUCUGGA